AUGGCAGAAGCAGAAGCAGCUCCCGCCGCCCCGGCCAAAGCAGCGAAGAAGAAGAAGAAGGUUUCCAAAGCGAGGCCGGCUGGUCCCAGCGUCAGAGACCUCAUCGUUGCAGCAGUGGCCGCAUGCAAGGAGCGGGGCGGCAUGUCUCUGGCCGCCAUCAAGAAGGCUCUGGCUGCCGGCGGAUACGACGUGGACAAGAACAAGGUCCGCGUCAAGACCGCCAUCAAAGCCCUGGUCCUUAAGGGGACUCUGAGCCAGACUAAAGGGACCGGGGCCUCCGGAUCCUUCAAGAUGAGCAAGAAGGCCGCCGAGCCCAAAGCCAAGAAGCCUGCAGCCAAGAAAGCUCCUGCUAAAGCCAAGAAAGCUCCUACUAAAGCCAAGAAACCCGCAGCGGCCAAGAAGACCAAGAAAGCGCCAGCUAAGAAACCCGCAGCAGCGAAGAAAUCUCCCAAGAAGGCCAAGAAACCCGCAAAGAGCCCCAAGAAGGCCACCAAGCCCAGCAAGAGCCCCAAGAAGGUGGCAGCCAAAAAGCCUGCAGCCAAGAAAUCCCCUGCGAAGAAAGCUGCUGCUAAACCCAAAGCCAAGAAGGCAGCACCCAAGAAGAAGUGA